AUGGAUGUGGCAAAGCAUGUAGUGGGGACAGGCGAAAUAGAUAUGAUGUAUGCUGUCUCUGGAAUUGCUGCUCUGGCGUCGGAGGCUGUUGCCGCUGACGCUGUAAUGGGGAGGUCGCUGGGGAAUGGCCUCGUUGUACACGACAGUGCAGUAUCUGCCACGGUUGUGAGCGCUAAGCUAGCGUUCCGUGUCAUUGUGUCAGGAUCCGUUGUUAGUUUAGACUUGCAAAGUUGUCCUGUUCCUGUUGUGACUGUGAUCUACGAUCCUCGUCGCUGUUUAGAGUGA